AGGAGAGGUUCUCUGUGACAUGUACCCCCAGAAAUUUCGUGCUGCUCAGCCUCUCCACAGCAACACCAUUGAUGGUCAGAAGGGAAUGCUCGGGGUGCGCUCUCCUGAAGUCCACAACAAUGUCCUUUGUCUUCUACACGUUCAGAGAAAAUUUGGUGUGGCUGCACCACAACGCUAGGUAUUUGAAGUGGCUGCAGCCCUCUCUGCUCACAGUCUCCCACCCACCUGCUAAGAUGCCUUUCUUGGGUAAGGACUGGAGGUCGCCGGGAUGGAGUUGGACAAAGACGGAGUGUGGGUGGAAGAGGAUCGUCUUCUUCGGAGACGAUUUGGAAGACAACAACAGAGAGAUCGAUUUGAAAGAGCUCUGCAAUGGCAACAAUGAAAAUCUGUUUGUUGGAGAUGUGUGUGAGCUCUCCACCGCAAAGAGGAAAAAGGACUUCUACAACAAUAACACCAAAUCCCAGUUUGUUUUCACAGAUAAAUGGAUCUAUGUGCAGAAAGGGAGCACAAAAGAACGACAUGGAUACUGCACACUUGGUGAAGCUCUCAACCGGCUCGACUUUUCCAGUGCUAUUCAGGACUUGAGAAGAUUUAACUAUGUUGCAAAACUUUUUCAGCUAAUAGCCAGGUCACAGCUGACGUCUUUGAGCGGAGCUGCCCAGAAGAACUACUUCAAUAUCCUGGAGAAGAUUGUACGAAAGGUUCUAGAGGACCACUAUAACCCACGCCUUGUCAAGGAGCUUCUGCAGGACCUGAGCUCCACCCUGCACAGUCUGACCAUCCAUGUUGGCAGGUGUGUCCUUGUGGGAAAUGUCAACAUCUGGUUGUGCCGUCUGGAGACGAUUGUUAAAUGGCAAAUGGAGCUGAACAACCUACAGAUCCCCAAGCAAAUGCACGCUGGCAUGUCAUUCAGUGAUUUGCCACUACACAUGCAAAACAAGAUCCUCUUCAAGUUAUCUGAUGCGUGUGACAUCAUUAACUUGGGACAGACCACGCCCACAUUGCAUAUCCUAAGUGAGCACAAGUCACUGUGGAAGAAACUCUGCCACUUUCACUUUUCGGACAGACUGUUCUGCAGGAAUUUGGCCAUAACCAAGAAUGACAGCGUGGACUGGAAGCUGAUGUAUUUCACCCUGCAGAAACACUACCCCAUGAAGGAGCAGUAUGGCGACACAUUACAUUUCUGCAGACACUGUAGCAUCCUCUUCUGGAAGGAUUGCCAUCUGGCUUUGUUAUUGAAGGACUUUGGCCACCCAUGCACAGCCAACGAUCCAGACAGCUGCCUGAUGCCCAUCUCUCCGCAACACUUUAUCGACCUCUUCAAGUUUUGAACCCUGUUUUUCAACUGAAUCGUCUGUUUACCCCUCACUCCCACACCAAGAGGUGUGUACAAGAACUUGAUGUCUUUAACCCAAAUACAAAGGGCUUCAAAGAAAUGUCUUUUUUUUUUCUCUCUCUCUUUUAUGUCUUUAUUUCCUUACGCACAAAUAUUUCCGUAAGACUGAGGAGAAAUUAAAUGUCCAUAUGUGUUGAUUUUCAAAAUGUUGAAAAAGGUGAAAUAUAAAAAAGACUUUCUUCUUUUGCACAAAUGUUUGUCUCUAAGACAAAAAAAAAAAGCUUGCUCCUUACACAGGGAAUAAAAUAUGAUGUAAAUGCAAUAUGAAUAUUUUGAAAGGAUUUAUAUAGAGAGCAAAUCUUAGCAUGUUUAUGGUAGGUAUGAAGCCCCCUAAAGCUCAUGACUGGAACUACACAAUUUGGGUAGUUUUACCUGUGUACACCGCCACAGUGGAUUUUAAGUCAAUCAAGAUGUGAUGGAAGUGCAGACUUUCAGCUUUAAUUUAAGUGGUUUUACAUACGCUGCAAAUCUUGAUUGGACGGUGCUUCACGGUGCAAAUUGGUACUGACCCAAAGCAUAGUGCAAAAGUAAACUAAGAAGAGUUUCUAAAGGCAAAGAAAUGAGGUUCUUCAACUGAAGGUGGCUGCAGUAAAGGUCUGGCAGAGCCUCUCAAGGUAUGGUUAUAUUAUUACAUCAAAGUGAUUCAUGGUUCUAUUAAUACCAAAAGCAAUAUGCCCUCUAUUCCAUGUGAUCCGCAUGAACCUCUGAUGCGUCGGUCCGGUCCACUUACUGUCUCUUACUCAUUGGAAAAGGAUCAUCUCGGCCUUAGCUUUGGUUGGAUGUUUGGUUAUUGCUAUUGCACUAGGGCUGUCACAAUAUCACUUCAUGAUAAUGGUAUUUUUGCACUACUACGAUCUACUAUACGGACAUAUGAGAUAUUUGAGCGGUAUCUGACAUUUGUAUAUAGCAUUUUAUAGCAAUAAUGCUAUCUGUCAAAUUAAUUUCUAUGCUUUGUGUAUUGUGACAUCCCCGGCUUGGACUUAGUCUGCUGCUAUGUUUCAGUCUGUGGUGCUAUGGUUGUCCAGCUGUAGCAGGCCCUGUACAUUUGGAAUCUGUGGUGCUACUGACAGUAUGUAUUAGCCACAUACAAUAGCAUCAACAUAUUCCUGGCCUGGCCUGUUCCUGGAGGUGCAGUGUGUUUCACUGAGCUGACUCACUGCAGUUACAACCACAAACAUCUGACCAACGUGAUAUUUCAUCAUACAGUUCAGCCUUAAAUUCAUAAGCCAGAUCAAAUAGAAAGUUUAUUGUGAGGGUAAAUGUAAAAUGUUCUCUGAGUGAUCUUUAGGGGGCUCGGUAUGUAAGUGAUGAUAAUGUAUAAAAAGAUUGACAUUUACAGUGUGGCAGAAAACGAUGACUCGGGUUAAUUAUUUAUUUAAUGGUGUUCGAUGGCUUUUUGUUCCGUUUUGUUUCGGUGGCAUUUUCCUGCGAUGACUGCAUGCCAAUGUUUGCGUCUCUGUCAUGUUGUCCUUUGUGAAUACCUGCUGUGCUCUGUGUACUUCAGAAGCAUCAACGCGCAACAAAAAAAAACAAAACAAGUAAAACUCCAUCAGCUGAUCAGGUCGUUCUACUUUUGUCAGAACUGUCAUGUGACAGAUGAAAUGUAAAGCAUUAUUUAUGAAGAAGAAAAAAGUUUUGUAUCCUUCCAACUUUUGUAAUAUCCCUUUACUGUUCCAAUACUCUUGAUGGUACUGUCAUGAUUUUUCUGGGGCAGGAAGUAGCUAUUCAAUAAUAAAUAUUUCUAAAAAUA